AUGUUGAACCAACUUCUGGACCAAAAAGAUACGGAUCGAGCAUUCAUCCGCAUCCAGAAGGAGGACAAGGUUGUCUUGAUGAUCAAUAAUCUCGGCGGCCUCAGUCAACUUGAGCUAGGCGCCAUCGCCAACGAGGUCAUUUCACAGCUUAGGGAGGGACAUGGCAUUCAGCCAAGAAGAGUCCUGAGUGGUACAUAUAUGUCCAGCCUGAAUGGGUUAGGCUUCAGUAUCACUCUUCUGAAGGUUGUUGAUGAGAGCUGGGUCCAGCUGAUUGACGCUUCUACACAAGCUAGUGGAUGGUUGCCUGCCAUCACCACUGCAGACCUACCUGAGAACCAGAAAGCUGCGACAUCUUCGCAGGAGAGAGACAUUGUCGCUAACGAGGAACCUGUAGGAACGAAUCUCAGAGUCGACAUUGCUGUGACGAAAUCUGCCCUGACUAGUGCUCUGAAUCAUGUCAUUGCUGCAGAGCCUGAAGUCACCAAGUACGACACACUAGUCGGCGAUGGCGACUGUGGUCUCUGUCUGAAGACCAGCGCUCAGGCAGUACUAGCAUACAUCAACGAACAGAAAGGUCUAGAGGCAGAUGCCGGAAAGCUCGUCGACAACAUCGCCCGUGUAGUGGAAGGCAACAUGGAUGGCACCUCUGGAGCGCUUUAUGCCAUUUUCUUGAACGCACUCGCUCACGGGCUUAGAGUAGAGUCUCAGCAGAUGCCACAAGAGCAGCAGGCUACCAGUGAGAUCUGGGCCAAGGCUCUCCAGUCGGCGUUAUCGGCGCUUGGAAAGUACACACCAGCCCAACCGGGAGACCGGACAGUAGUUGAUGCCCUGGCGCCUUUCGUCUCCACAUUCGCGGCGAGCAGCAGUUUGAAGGACGCUGUUGAGGCAGCAAGGAAGGGGUGUGAGUCUACCAAAGGCAUGGAAGCGAGCUUGGGCAGAUCCGUGUAUGUGGGUGGAGAGGAGUGGAAGAAUUGUCCCGACCCGGGGGCGUAUGGACUUGUCAAGCUAUUGGAGGGUUUGAUGGCCAGCCCGUGA